AAAUUCCUGAUACGAUUACUUAUACCACUAAAAUAAGUGAAAUUCAUGUGCAAAGCGUGUAAUUGAAAAUCAAUAUUGUUUUCCGUUUCCGUUGAAUAUUCUCGAGAAAAAUGAAGACUUUAUGUUUUAUAAACGUAUUUAUUUAUUUUAUACUUUAUAUUCAUGCGAUUGACAUUGCAACUCAUAUACCGCAACAAGUGGAAAAAGUUCUGAACGAAACUCGAAGGAUUAUAAAUGGCGAAGAAGUAAGGGAAGGCAGAUCGUACAUGGUAUACCUCAAAUUACCACGUAGCAAUAAGAAAACACCCAAUUAUCGUUCAUGGCUAUGCGGAGGAGUGAUAGUCCACGAAGAGUACAUACUGACAUCAGCAGCAUGUAUUCAAGACGCUGAACACUUCUAUGUCGUGUCUGGAACAUACAAGUAUUCCGAUGAAGAUGACAGAUAUAACAAUCCUUGCAUCAAAAAUGGCGCAAAGAAAGCUAUAUGGAAGUGCGUUCCAAAGAAUUACGUAUUUGAUGGUCACGAAAACGACAAUAUUAGGUGGAUGAAUAACGAUAUCGCUGUUGUUAAAAUAGAAGAUGGCUUCGACUUUAAUCGUCGAGUCAGAGGAUGUGAAUUUGUGCCGAAACCAAUUAGCUAUAACAAUCAAAGUAAAACGUUAGAAAAUCCAGGCACCGUUGUCACUAUCGCUGGUUGGGGUACCACGUCUCGAUAUAACGAUUGGGUGAGCAGGCGAAAAGAUAACCAGCAGAAUCUUCUAGAAGCGCACGUCGAAAUUAUACCGAAGAAUAGAUGCAAACGUCGCUGGGGCUCGAGAUAUCACAAUAUCAUCGACAAUUAUAUGAUAUGCACUAAGGAUAUAGGACAGACUAUGUCUGAGAUUUGUAACGAGAAAUACGUUGACUGUCAAGACAUUAGUUAUUCUGACGAAGAUGAUGCGAGACGAGAAUUCAAAACACCAAAGUACGAAAAAGUUCCAACUAAUCUUGUUAUGCAUUCAGCUUAUAACGAGUCUAGACGAUACGAUACUCAACCUGAUGGAGGUUUUUGUGAAAACGAUCACGGUGGUCCGCUCGUAUACGGCAGCGGAAUGAACUCCAUCGUUAUUGGUAUCAUAUCCGCCUGCCUCGUCAAAGAACGCUCAAAUAAAUGCUAUGGUCCUUUUCUCUACACCAGCUUGUACAAGAACCGACAAUUCAUCUCUUGCGCUAUUUAUAAAGACGUAGAACCAAAAUGCAGAAGACAAUUUAGAUCAGGGAUCACUCACGUUGAAAAAAUAUUGUCUUGGAAAAAUCAUCCGGAUGGACCAGCUAAAAAUGAACUAAACGUAAAAUCAACUGCGCAUGUAGUUCAAAGAGCAAAUGAAGAUACAGAUAUUGAUACGGACAAAGUAUUUUCCGAUAGAGGUUAUAUUCAACGAGCUGAAAAGAAUUUAAAAGAUCCCAACAUCAAUAUUACUAAAAAAUCGAUGUAAAUGUUUAUAAGCUUUCAAAUAAAGAAUCUUCAAUGUUA